AUGGGUAAUAUAAAUAGUUUGCAUUCCCUAAAUAUACUUCACAACAAGCUGACCGUUGUUGAGAACGAACUCAAAGCAAAUUAUAAUAUAUCUGAGCCUUCACUGCUAGAAAGAAUGGAAAAUAAAAAAAAAUGUGUAAGAUAUACUCCACCUUUAUCACAAUUACCACAGCCAGUAUAUAAUAUUUCAAUACUCUUAGAUGACAACUUUGAAGGUCCAUUUGUACUAGAAUUAAAAGUGGCACCAUGUGAAAUGGUUAUAACAGGAUUUGAGGGUUUAAUUAUUCAUAAAAUAAAAAAAAAUGAGAUAAUAUUUAUUCAUAGAGUAGAUAAGAUCAUAUUUAAGGUCUAUUCAAAAGGUAGUAAAAAGCUAGGUGGUGAAAUAGCUAGUAAAUCUGAUAUUUCAGAAGAUGAAGAAAAUAUAAUCUUAAUGGUUUUCAAAUUCACAAAUUCUAAAGAUUGUGAAUCAUUUCGCUUACUUUUUCCAUUAAUAUAUGGUAUUAUAAUUUAUGAUAGUAAUGUAAAAAUACCAUUAGCAGACCCAAUACCAUUGAAUAACUAUAUAGUAGGACAAAAUGAAAAAUUAGUUAACAAGUUUCAUAGAUACUCUGAUAUAGGAAAGAUUAAUGAUAAUAAUUCUGAAGAGGAAGUGGAGGAUCAAGAAGCCUUAGAUAGAUAUGAAGAUUAUAUGAAUUCUUAUGAAGGUGAUUUCUUUACAAGAAAUGAACUUUUAUUAAAUUCAACAAAAUCUCCAUUGGAUAUGUUGUUAGAGGAUGAUAAUGAUGAAGUAAAAAAUGAGGAUAGUGAUAAGAAUCAGUAUUCAAAAUUUUUUCCAAUAUCUAUAGAAGGUGAUAGAACUGUUGGAUCUAUAAUUACUUACAAAGAUAUAUCACCACUAGGUAAUAGAUAUAAAGGAGAAGUAAUAGAGUGGAGACUGUCUACUAGUAUAGGUGGAAAAAACCCAGAAUUUAGUGGAAAUCCAGUUUCAGUUUCCAAAACAUUUCAGUUAUUAUCAAAACAUGUCGGACGUUAUAUUCAAGUCAAAGUAUACAGACAUAUUGGAGUGGAAAAAUCUGAAAUAUCUUAUGUUUGUUCCGAGACUAGAAGUUGUGUAAUCCUUCCAAACGACGAUAUACUAAGUAAUUGUGCAUUAUUAUUAUCAAAUGGAGGACAAUAUAGAGUUGAUAUAUCACUAUAUGAUAUUUGUAAGCUACUGUGUAUAUCAGAUCCAGAUUCCUUUAUUAAAUCAUGGUUCGCAAAUAUAAGAAAUAUUCCUCCAUUCAUAUCUUGCUACCUCAAUAUAAAGCGUCAAUCUGUAAAACUUUUAAUACCAACACCAUCGAUAUUAUUGGAAUAUUAUCAUAAUGUAUCAGUAAUCCCACUUUGCUUCGGUUACAAUGAAUUUAUAUGUACUAAGAAGUCGGACUGGUUUGGGUUUAAUGGUUAUCCACAAAUUUAUUCAAUAAUAGGUAAACAGGGGAAUAACUUAGAAAGAUGUACAUUAUAUAUGUCUUAUAGUGAUGGUGAAAGACGUGACAUAGCUAUUAAUUGCCCAACAGAGAGAGAUAGAGAUGUUAUUCAUGCAAGUAUAAUAUUCAUGCAAUUAGCACCAGAUAUUAGUCUUGAGAAGUUAAAUUCCCAGAUAAAAUCUAAUACAUUUAUCGAAUUUAAGAGAUAUUUCACAGACAUAUUUACUAAUGCUAAUUGGAAUUCAAGACUGCAACUUGAUAGGUUUGAUAUUUCCGGGACAUAUAUCAACAGAAUUGGUGUUCAUCAAGAUAUUAAGCAUUAA